CUGACAAUAUCAAAUAUCUUCAAGCACAGCUAGAAUGAGCUGGCGUUUCUGAACAAAGCUGUAAAUUCAUGUCCCAUUUGUCUGACAGCGAAUUCUGCAUGCAUUCUUUCUGUACGGUACACAGGUAUGCACCGGGUACUGAACAAUUCGGUCAUGUUAUGAUGGCUGCGCUAUGAGGAUGGCCCUCCUGUUUAUAACUUUGGGGAUUUUGCUCCUGAUUCAAGGUAUUAAUGCGAAGUAUUAUUGCGAAGAAAGCUGGCUGACGAAUCCAUCAAACGGAUUCUGCUACAAGUUGUUUCCAGACCUCCAACCCUGGAAGCAGGCGAGAAAUAGCUGUACAAAACACGGAGGUUUUCUUGUGUCAGUAACAGACACAAACGAACAGCAGUUCAUCGCCAAAGAUGUUUUACAGAAUAAUGAGACAUCGUCUGCUUGGAUUGGUGGCCAUUCCCUGUAUUCAGACGAUUGGGUGUGGGAUGAUUAUCAGAGAGAGUUCAACUUCACACAAUGGGCAGCUGGUGAACCAGUCUCUACCUCCCGUUGUAUCGCAAUGCUUGGAGCGUCCGGAUUCAAUUGGUCGGGCCAGUCGUGUGCAGAUCGCAAUGUCUUUAUUUGUGAAAAACCAGCUCAAGUGCUUUACUGUGACGGCAAAGCAAACAUCAUACAUCUAGAGGGAAAUAAACUCACCAGCGUCAGCUUCCCUCCAUUUUACGAUCCUCUGAGGCCAUUCCAGUUUCCUUCCUACGAAAAAAAUUUAAACUGUGUUUGGAGAAUAAUCCCACCAAUGGGAUACAAAAUCGUGAUGGAAUUCGAUUUGUUCUGCAAUGAUGAUUUGAAAGCACUUAGUGGAUAUUCGUCGUUGGAUGACAUCACAUGCCAAGUGCAUUCUGGAAAUGUAGAGGUCGAUUCAACCUUAAUGUUAUCUUUCACAACAAAUUCCUUCACUAAACCAAGAAGUGAACAGGGAUUUCAGUUGAGACUGUUUGCAACAAAUGGAAAAGAAAGUUCCUGCGAUCCGGCUGGUAUCCCCUUGGUGGCCUCGUCAGAAAAACAAAUUGUAAUAUCUCCAGGAUUCCCGUAUCCACGAUCUUCAUCAUGUGUGUGGACUAUAAUGUCCCCGGUAAAGGCAUCCAAUAUAUAUGUUCAGUUCAAAUAUCGUUACAUCAGCGAAGGAGCAGAACUUCAAAUCCAAGACGACGUGUUUACGAGAUCCUCAAUGUUGGAGGAGAGCAGGGUUUUGAUUUACCCGGCAGAAAAGAUCGUUGUUAACUACACCAGCAAUGUCACGUACCCUGGUCAUCACGGAUUCUCACUGGACUACUAUACGGAUAAAGAAAGCGUGGAUAUAUGUACCCAAAACCUGGUUCCAAAGGUCUUAUCUGAAUAUGGAAUCCCAAAUCCCAAGGAACAGUUUUUGAUUUUCUCCGUAAAAGCGACAAAAGAUAUAGAAGUAGAUCUGCACACAGCAACUGGAGAAGACUAUCUUAUUACGUCUAAUCAGGAGCAUUCUGGGUAUUCUUACUGUUUACGUAAAACAUCGACAUCAUCCUGUGUUGAAACAUACAACGAUACAAUAUCACAUUACGGGUUUCAAGAUUUAUGGGUGACAUGGACUGACAUACUGAAGGUUGGACGCGGAAGAAUACUAGGAGAGCACGUCGUUAUGGAAUACCGUUUACACAUUCCACUAAAUGUUAAUUCAUCAUCGAUUCAGACCAAGAACGGUACCGGGGUUUGGAAAUUCUACGGAUUCCUGACCGAUUUUGUGGAAGUCUGUCAUACGUCGGAGACCCCUUUGAAGUCUCUCUGGGACUAUCAUCUACCAGUACAAGGCCAGAACCAUCUAACUUUCUCUGUCAUGAUUUGUGAAAGAGCUCUAAUAACUUUCCAAACUCGGGUUGGAAACUCUUAUCGGAUUUGGCUGGACGCACUUCAGAAAGGCAGUAGUACGUUCAUCUCCUGCAUCACGAAUUACACAAGCGAUAGUGGUGUAUACCCCUGUAUCACUAGUGCAUAUUCACAUCGUGUUUUAAAUUGUUCGGAGUUUCGUGAAUUUUGGAUUUCUUGGGGAAGAAGUGCAGGCCUACAAAUUGGAAAGGGUAAAAGCAUAGGAACGGAUACCAUGAUUAGCAGUGUCUCUGAAAAUUUUACUCCAGUGAAAGAAAGUGCAUUCAAGUUUGGUAGCAGCAAAGCUGACACCAGAUACAUUACAUCAGUGUGGCGAUUCAGUAAAGCACCGCCUAAUCCAGAAAACAUCACCAUAAUUAGGAGCGGAGUCGUACCCUCCCUACAGGAAGUAGAGGGAGCAGAACUUACCAUGUCUGUAGAUAUCAAUCUCAGAUUUGGGUUUGAAGUGAAGUGGCUCAGAAACGGAACACACGUCACACAGUCUCCUGGACGAUUCUUGGUUCAUCAAACGUUUAUAGACGUGAUGAGAUGUUCACUCACAAUUGUAGAGCUCAAACUACGAGAUGAAGCAAAUUGGACUGUCGUUAUCUCAAACCAACAUUCGAAAGCGACCUUGAGUUUUGAUAUCAAAGUAAAACCAGGAAUCCAAAUAAAGAUCUCGCCACACUACCAAAUUGCUGUUCAGAAGGGAACUGCACUAGAACUUGUUUGUAACAUAACCAACUUAGGUGAUUUACAAGGAUUUCCGGUAGAUAUUUCUUCAUUGGUGUGGUUCAAGGAUGGCAUUAAAAUACCAGAAGGUCAGCGUCAAGAAAAAGAAAGGAUAACUAUGAUUACUGACCAAUCCUUCCGUCUUCUCCGUAUUUAUCCGACCGAGGAAAGCGACAAGGGUACCUACUCCUGUACCCACGACAAGUACAAGGUACCCGGAGUGAUCAACACAACAGUGGAUAUAUAUAACACAGGCCAAAUCAUUUGCGAGUCAGAAAAAGAUGUCUAUGGAAUUUUAUGGCCAACUGCAAUUCCAGGAAAUCUGAUCCAAUCGGAUUGCCCGGAUGCUGGACAGGGAAAUGCCAGUAGAUUGUGUGAUGAUUACGGUACAUGGAAGAAAACAAGUGUAUCGUAUUGUACAGACACAGACUUUUCAAAUGCUUUGAAUGAGGUUCAGGUCCUAGAAAAUGACGGUAUAUCUGAUAAAAAGUAUAUAGAACAAACCUUUGAGAGUUCCUUGCGAAAAACUGAAAAUUUAACUGCCUCCAAGACUGUCAUUUCAUCAGGAAAUUUAUUGUCUUCCAUGGAUAUAAUCAAAACGGUCCUCAAAGUAGCCACACAAAGCAACGCUUCUGUUCCAGAAAGGAACGUCUAUGGCAUCGUGGACAAUGUUGCGUCGUCCGACAACAAAGAUUCUUGGAAGCUUGUUGAAGAAGAGACGUACAGUGGCCCCUCGUCGGUGUUGGACAUCAUGGAUCGCACAAAUUCCCUGCUGAUAAAAGACGCAAGAGCAAAUGAAUACAGAGGACAAAAUAUUGUUGUCAACAUAAGCGAAGUGUCACUUCACGAAUCCGGAAUAAAGUUUCUGGAGAAUGACUCCUUCAUGGUGCUUCCAGAGCAGCAACAACAACAGGCGACAAAAUUUUCUGCUGUUCUAUACAAGACGAUGUCUCAGUUUUUACCAACUACUUCCAACACGUCUGGAGAACGGGUUAUCAACUCCGUGGUCAUGUCACUAACACUGGAAAAAUCUUUGCAUGACCUUUCACCGCCACUAGAGUUAGUAUUUCAGCACAACAAAGGGGAAUACAACUUGGAGAGUUGGGCAAACACAGACCCAUGGGUAUACCAGAGGUGGGAUCAAGUGCCCAGGAGAAGUAAACAUCCCCUGUCGACCGGUCACAUCCGCCGUGAGCCCUUUAUCUUGAUCAGCAAUGACGGAGGGUGGUCUACGGAAGGGUGUUCUAUAAAUUCCACACAAGAUGGCACUAGUGUGUGUUUGUGCAACCACACCACCAACUUUGCCAUUUUGAUGAGACCUUAUACACCGACAAAAGAAGAUUCUGCCCUUGUCAUCAUCUCCAUCGUCGGCUGUGUUAUAUCCAUGCUCUUUGGUCUUCUGACAAUAUGUGUCUACGUCAUUGUGUGGAAGUCCAUCAAAAGUGACCAGAAUGUUUUGAUCAUCUGCCUGUGUGUUUCUCUUUUUCUUGCCUACCUCUUACUGCUUGCUGGAGUCGACAAUUCUCAAAAUGAGGCUGCAUGCGUUGUAGUCACAGCUUUAUUGCAUUACCUCCUCUUGCUAACCUUCUUUAUGAUGUUAGGAGUGGGAACAAUCUUUUUCAUGAAUGUCACGGUGUUAUUCUAUGCAAUGCACAUCACCAACAAAUUCAACUCACGGUCAAGACUAAAGUGGAUUCUGGGAUUCGCAACAUGUAUUCCGCUGGUCAUCGUGUUCAUUACGUUGGGAAGCUGUUGGAAUACAAAAUACCAUGCAGACACAUUUUGCUGGCUGUCAGUCUCAUCGGGUGCAAUAUACGCUUUCAUCGCACCUGUUCUCGUCAUUUUUGUGCUAAACAUUUGUAUCAUUGUCUCAUUGGUACGUGUCAUGUUUCUGACAACCAAAAUGAAGAAUGCUGAAAUUAAAGAAAAAGCUAGAUAUGCCUUACGCAGUGUUUGUACACUCGUUCCUGUUCUUGGGGUCACGUGGGUAUUUGGAAUUUUUGCCAUCAAUGAGGAUGCUGUAGUGUUCCAGUAUAUAUUCACUAUCUUUAAUUCAAUACAGGGUCUCCUGAUAUUCAUCACACAUGUGCUGCUGAACGCAAAGAUUAGAAAAGCAUUGAUAGCAAAAUAUCCUUGCUUGAAACGAAAACGAAAUAAAGGUGCUUACAAAGAGAAGGAUCAGGCGAGGGUACCAUCUACAACGUCUGAGAACUUCUCCAGUACGACGCAGUCAAUGGCAUUAGUUCCGUCCAGUUAUACAGAAUAUAGAGACCCUGAGAAGGUGUCGGAAAGUGAUGUACAGAUGGAAACCGAAGAGAUGAAUUUCACCACAGCUGAUGGAAAGAAAGUUAUCGAGAAGCAUCUUUUCGUCACCAAAAUGGAAACGCGGAUUGAGGGCGGUAAAUUCAUAGCCGAAACAGAGGACACAAAACACUUCCAGACCGACCAAGAAACUGUAGCUUUUAAGUCGGUAUCUUCGAGUAAUGCUUUUAACGAGAGGACAAGAAAAGAGGAGGUUCGAUGGGGCGGCGGAGGUAUAAUUGGAGGAAAAUUACCAUUCCAGUCCGAAGGAAAAAAGUACGAGGAAAUGCGCUUGACGAAGGAGGUCAGAGUGAGACACACAAAUAUAGAAACCAGCCGAGUUGUCUCUUCGAACACCUCUCAGUUUUCAAUGAAUAUAUCAAAAGAAAAUAACUUGUUGCAGAAUAAGAUACAUUUUUCUCAACUUACAAAGGACGAUGAAGAAUUUGAUGCUUAAACAGAUUCGUUAGAAUGGAUAUUGGUCAGAAAUCCUCUAAACCGUCUGCUUUACUAUAAUGCUCAUGUUAAAUGUUUGGAUUUCCAACGAUAAGAAAGUACUACACUUCAAUUAACCCAAAUAGUGAAGUCAGACAGAGGACCGGAUUUGGUCAAUACUUCACACAAGUGAUUGAAUGUUUUGGAGGAGGGUGAUUUUUGUGUUUUGUGUAUUUCAUACUGACAUAUUUGCAAAUAUUUCAGUCAGCAAUUGAAUAUUUUGAACAGUAUAAACGUUAUGAUAACGUUAAUGAAUUUGACUACAAGAAUAACAGAAUAUUGCAUUAACUACAAAGUGUUCCAAUCUUAGAUAUACAUAUGUAUGUCAUGAGAUGUAGCAAAUAUACACUAUGAUAGACACUGUGAUAGACAGAGGUGUAUUACGUACCCGAAGUAUACACUGUGAUAGACAGAGGUGUAUUACGUACCAGAAAUAUAGACAGAGGUGUAUUACGUACCCGAAGUAUAGAGAACAAACACAAAGUAUGCAUUAAAAUUCAUUUUGUUUUAAUGUGAAAUAGCAUGAAGAUGUUUUGUAUUGAACUAAAAUAUGUGUAUUAUUAAAUGCCUUCUCUACUGAAAAAA